UAAAUCUCGGUGAAAUACACUUUAAUUAGCAUGUAGUUGAGCGUUAAAUUAGAGCAACGCAUUCUAACGAAAUAACUGUGUUAAUAAUAUUUAUAUGCUGGGGAAGCAACGUUGCUGCAUUUAAUAGUUGUUCAUAAUUAUAAAUUAUAUCACUAAUUGCAGAGUUGUUGUAAUAGAUUAUUGGCGGCGAAGAUAAGUGAUAAGUGAAUGGUCAUUUAGUUCCUUUUAAAUGUGAUAUUGUGAUGAAAUAGUUUUUAAAGUGAACGUGAAAAGUUUUGUUCAAUCUACUGACGGGUUUCCUUGGAGUAUUUAGUUCCAUUAAUAGAAAUCGGCAAACAACGUCUCUAAAUUAAUUAACGUGUUAAUAUAUUCGUAAACUCCUUUUACACCGAAAGUGUCGCAAUCAAAAAACCCGAAAAGAACUCCAUUGUCUCUUGCUGCAGCACAACGCUUAUCUACCGUGAAGACACCAAAUUUCAAGUGAUACUCAUAAAUAAUUAGAUGCACACACACUCCACCACUCAUAAACAAUGUUGAAUGAAGAAAAGAAUGGCGUCGUCUACAAACAAACCGUCUCAAAGGUGGAGGAAGCAGAGGCGAACGAGUUCGAUGAGUCAGAAGCGAAUGAUCCCUUCCAGAAGAUCAUGGAACGCGUCGGCAAUCACGGACGCUUCCAGCUCAUCUACAACAUGACAUUCGUGCUGGCUUUGGCCGCCGCCGGCUCGAUGGUGUACAUGAAUAUCAUAUUGGCACUCGACAUACCGGAGCACUGGUGCACGGUACCGGGGCAGGAGCACACCAACUACACGCUGGAUGAGUGGCGGCGUAUUACAUUGCCAACGCAGAAGGAUAAUCGCGGCACCAGCAAGCACAGCAACUGCGAGAUGUAUAAUGCAAAUUUCACGGAAAUCGACGAUUGGCUGCACUGGAAUAAAACCAAGUCAAAUGUAACAGGCUGCCAACAUGGUUGGAGCUACGAUCGGACGUGGUAUGAGGCCACCAUACCAAGCAAGGAGAACUGGGUGUGCGCCAAGGAUUUGUAUGUGACGAACACAUUUGUGGUGGCACGUGUGACAGAAGUCAUCGGAUCAUUUGUGCUGGGACAAACGGGUGACGUUUUCGGACGCCGCAUUGUCUACUACAUCAGCAUUGCUUUCUGCGCAGUGGGACGAUCAUGCUCCAUUAUAACCACCAAUAUCUACUAUGUGUUCCUCUUCUGCACGGGAUUAACUGGUUUUGCGGUGAAUAGUUUGUUUCAGUCGCCACAGAUUGUUGGCAUGGAGAUAUCGAGAGAACAAGACCGCAGCAUCAUUGCCAUCUACCAGAGUGUUGGCUGGUCCAUUGGCACAACGCUGAUGCCGUUGCUCUUCUGGUGGCUACGUGAUUGGGCUACCUUUAUGUGGCUAACAACCAUACCGACUGCAAUAGUUUUAAUUUUCUUCAAAUAUGUCAUUGAGUCGCCACGUUGGUUGAUUAGCAAGCACCGUUACGGUGAGGCGAUCACGCAAUUUAAGAAAAUUGCAAGAAUUAAUGGCCGCCAAUUCGACAUGACGGAGAAGGAGCUGGCAGAGAUGUACACAAAACGGCAGGCGGACGAACCGAUAUACGGCAUGGCGUCACUGUUCAGCGGCUGGCAUCUGACACGGAACACAAUCAUUAUGGGCUUCAGUUGGUGUGUUGUCGCAGCGUCUUACUUUACGCUAGUACUCAUCAGCACACGCAUGGGUGGCAAUCCCUUUCUGAAUUUUCUGCUACAAAGCGUGGUGGAAAUACCCGCCUAUAUGAUAGGUCGUUACCUUGGUGAUACUUACGGACGUCGCUUUACGAAUUCUUCUUCUUUCAUCGUCUCAUUCUUCGCCUGCAUACCGUUAAUCAUACUGGCAUCAGAUAUCAAGCAUGAGAUGACCAUGGUGUGGCUGGCCACAUUCAUCAAGUUCCUUAACGCGAUCACUUUCUUCACAGUGAAUCUGCAGAGUAUGGAAAUCUAUCCGACUUGCAUGCGUCAGACGGGCAUCGCGCUGGGCACGAUACUCGCCAACGCUUUUGGCGUACUGGCGCCAUAUCUCGUCUACCUGGGCACGACUGUGGACAUAAGAGCGCCCUACUACAUUCUGGGUGUACUGUUCUUUAUGGGCGGCAUUGGGGCAUUGUUUCUGCCCGAGACGCUGCACAAGAAAUUGCCCGACACAUUGGAGGAGGCGCGACACUUUGGCAAGCAUGACAAAUUCUUCAGCUUACCAAAGGCGCCACCAAAAGUGGAGACUACGCGACCCACUGCGGAGGAGGUACAUCUCAAUCAAAGCAAAUUUGCUCCGUGAAAUUAAGCAAUCAAAUUUUGGCUGUUAUUGUUGUUACGUAUGGGGAGUAUAAAAGUAUAUUUUUAGACAAUUUUACAGUAUUUUCACCACGUGAAAUUAGUUUUUGUAUGACAUGAAGAGAAUUGUAUGUUUUGUGUGCUUUAAGCUGAACUUAUUCCUGUUAUAUAUUUAUGUACAAGUGAGCUUUGCAUUUAAGUAUUGAAUAAUUUUGAAUAUUGGAAAAUAAAUAAUUGAAAAAUGUCACCUAAGUGAAAACGAUAUUAACAGAAAGUAAAA